CAGCAACGGCUUCUCUACCAGGGCAGCCGAGAUGAACAACCCAUCGGCAUGCCAAUUUCUCAUUUGUUUCACGUGGAAAAAAUUCUAACUCGGCCAGACCUCCGUCCAUUUUAAGCUUCGCGCAGCUAAAGUCAGCCGAGAUGAGCUAGGCGACGCCACCACACCUCAAACAACCGAGCUUCGGAGGAGGACGGCAGCUCCGUCGAUCAGCCAUUCAGCCGACCGGUCGUCGCGGCGAUGGACAAGCACGGCAGCUUCGUCGGGAGCUCGUCGGAGGACGUGGAGGCGCCGCUGCUUCUGCACGCGCGCGAUGGAGCGACGGAGCGGUCUGCGGCGGCGGCAGCGCGGGUGCGCGCGCUGCUCGCUCACGGGUACCUGGCCGUGGCGUCCGGGCCGGCGGCGUGCGCGGCCGUGUGCGCGCUCGUGGACCUCGGGGGCCACCGCGAGGCGCGCAACAUGCUCGGCGUGCUCGCUUGGGUGUUCCUCUGGUGGGUCACCGGCGCCGUGCCGCUCGCCAUCGCGUCCAUGGCGCCGGUGUUCCUCUUCCCGCUCUUCGGCGUCUCCUCCGCCACCGACGUCGCCAAGGCGUACAUGGACGACGUCAUCUCGCUCGUCCUCGGGAGCUUCAUCCUCGCGCUCGCCAUCGAGCACUACCAAAUCCACCGCCGGCUAGCUCUCAACAUCACGUCGCUGUUCUGCGGGGACCCGGUGCGGCCGCCGCUGCUUCUGCUGGGCAUCACCGGCACGACCUUUUUUGUCAGCAUGUGGAUCCACAACACGGCGUGCACGGUCAUGAUGAUGCCGGUGGCGACGGGGAUCCUGCAGAGAUCCCCACGGGGCGACGAUGCCGGCAGCCACGAGGUGCGGCGAUUCUCCAAGGCGGUGGUGCUCGGCGUGGUGUACGCAUCGGCGAUCGGCGGGAUGGCGACACUGACGGGCACCGGCGUGAACAUCAUCCUGGUCGGGAUGUGGUCAUCCUACUUCCCGGAGCAGGAGCCCAUCACCUUCAGCUCAUGGAUGUCCUUCGGGCUCCCCAUGGCGUUGAUCAUCUUCUUGGCUCUCUGGGUUACACUUUGCCUCAUGUACUGCUCCAAGAACACUGGGAAGGCAAACUCUGCUUACCUGGACAGAAGCCAUCUCAGACGAGAGCUCAGCUUGCUAGGUCCAAUGGCGUUUGCAGAGAAGAUGGUCUUGGCUGUGUUUGGGGGUCUAAUUGUGCUAUGGAUGACCAGGAGCCUUACAGAUGACAUACCUGGGUGGGGAGCUCUCUUCCACAACAAUGUUGGAGAUGGAACAGUCACUAUCAUGAUGGCAACACUGCUGUUCAUAAUCCCAAGCCGGCAGAACGAGGGUGAGAAACUGAUGGACUGGAACAAGUGCAGGAAGAUCCAGUGGGACAUCAUCCUCCUCCUCGGGGCAGGCUUCGCCAUUGCUGAUGGCUUCAAGUCAAGCGGCCUGACCGACAUCCUCUCUGAUGGGCUCAGGUUUCUGAAGGGCGCACCGACGGUGGUCAUUGUUCCUGUGGCCUGCAUUGUCAGUGGGAUCAUCACAGAGUUAACAUCUGACGAUUCAACCACCACGCUUGUGCUGCCUCUGUUCGCUGAAUUGGUGAAGUCCAUAGAUGUGCACCCGGCGUUGCUUAUGGUUUCUGGAACAAUUGGGGCUCAGCUUUCAUACUUGUUACCUACUGGAUCACCAUCAAAUGUCGUUGGGUUCAGUACUGGCCACAUUACCAUCAAGGAUCUUGUGAUCACCGGGUUGCCCCUGAAGCUUGUCGCAAUUGCAGCUCUGACAAUCUUGCUGCCAAGUUUAGGAUCACAGAUUUUUGGCAUAGACAGCAGGACAUAGAAGCACAAAUGCAAAUUUUGGACUAUUCAUUUAUUAAACCUAGUCCAGCUGUAUUUUCAUAUUUGUAUAGUAGUUUCCUUAUGUCAUAUCUGUGAUUCUGUGCCCUAGUUGAGGGUAAGGGGUAAUACUCUUCGACUUGUACAAGAGAGCAUUGAGAUGUGUACGCAGUCGUUGUGUGAAUAUAGUUGAAAUGCACCAAUUUGAUCA